AUGGCUGGAUUUAGCUGGUACCUGUCUGAAGGCUUCCAGGUAAUAAUUGAGAAGUCAAAAGAAGCAAAAUGUUCGUUGAAAGAUGUACAGUUACGUUUCUUGUGUCCUGAAGAUUUAGAGGAGGUAAGAUCCUUAUGCAGAGACUGGUUCCCCAUUGAGUACCCACAAUCCUGGUAUGAGGACAUCACAUCAUCUGAGAGGUUUUUUGCACUGGCUGCUGUACAUAAAAGCCAAAUAAUUGGACUUAUAGUUGCUGAAAUUAAACCAUAUCUCAAACUUAACGCAGAAGACAGAGGUAUACUCUCAAGAUGGUUUGCCUCAAAAGAUACACUUGUUGCAUAUAUACUAUCUUUAGGUGUGGUACGUUCGUAUCGUCGGUCAGGAGUGGCUACCAUGCUAUUGGAUGUUCUUAUAAACCACUUAGCUGGCCCUGUGCCUCAGCCACCUCACGAACAUCGUGUUAAAGCUAUAUUUCUUCACGUACUGACUACAAACAAUGAGGCUAUUUUGUUUUACGAAAAAAGAAGAUUUAGAUUACACUCUUUCCUACCGUACUAUUAUUCAAUUAAGGGUCGUUGCAAAGAUGGAUUUACAUAUGUAUAUUAUGUGAACGGAGGUCAUGCACCAUGGGGCUUAUAUGACUAUGUGAAAUAUGUGGCCCAAGUGGCGUGGCGCGGAGGAGGACUUUACCCAUGGCUCUGGGGCAAAUUGCGAACUGCUCUCACCAUUGCUUGGCAUAGGAGGAAAAAACUAAAGGCAUCGAGUGAUAUUAAGUAUGCAGUAUAGUGCCAUGAUUUUACGCCAAGACAUUUGAAGUAAGGUGCCUGUGUGUUCACUUGAAAGAAGUAAUUUAUAAUUAACAUAGAAAUAACUAUCCUAGAAUAUUGUUAUAAAUGUUAAAUGCAUUAAUAUUAAUUAUUUUUAAAUAACACUGUGCUUGUGUAAUUAUAACGAUUUUUAUCACAUCAGCGGUGUUUACUAGAUUACUUAUUUUUUAACAUAAUGUUAAAAUCAAUGGAACUUUAAUGUAAAUGGGUCUUCAAAAUCAAUGAUAAAAUACUUUACACCAAUAUAUUAAGACGUUCUAAUAUACAAGUAGUAACUUUUGAAUGAUAUUUGAUCUUAUCAGUUACAUCAUUGUAUUCAGCUCAGAAUAUUUUAAAAGAUGCCGUGUGAACACCGCGCUCGUGCAAUUAGCCUACAUUCGACAUACGCUGGUGUGAAAAGAAUGUCAUUAUAUUUUAACUCAUUAGGAACCAAAGUAUAUUUUUGUUUUAGUGCUUUAAAGUAUUAAUUAUUAAAACUAUUGUUUUUAGUGUUAUGACAAUGGGUAUUAUUAUUUCUGGAAACUUUUUAUUAAUUUAAUUAAUAUUUCGUGUGAUACUUUACGUUUCAAAAUUUAAGAUUCCAAAUUUAUAUUUUAACUGUGUGGACUAUUUUUUGUAUUUAAUGUAUUUUUAUAUAACGUAUGAUAAAUAUACAAUAAUUUGCACUUUUACAUUGAUCGACGUUACGUGUUAAAUUUGUAUUCUUUUUGAUUUAAAAUUAUAAUUUACUCUGAAAAUAAAUAUCGUUGUUGACAA